UUCCGUCACCGUCACCGUCCACCUUCCGUUUUAUCUCAUCCUCACCGUUCGUCUUCUCCGAUCUAGCUCACCGUCGUCCACCGUAUGAUGGACUCCGUUCACGAUUCCUUUUCGCCGGGAUCUUCUCGUCCUUCGCCGUCGACGCUUUCUCGUGAAGAUUGCUGGAGCGAGGAAGCGACCUUCACGCUCAUCCAAGCCUGGGGUAAUCGCUUCGUCGAGCUUAGCCGUGGUAAUCUCCGUCAGAAACACUGGCAAGAGGUCGCUAACGCCGUUAACGACCGUCACUUCAACUCCGGCCGAAACGUUUCCGCCGCCAAAUCGCAGCCGUAUCGCACCGACGUUCAGUGUAAAAACCGGAUCGAUACUUUGAAGAAGAAGUACAAAGUCGAGAAAGCUAGGGUUUCGGAUUCUAAUCCAGGCUCCUACGUCAGCCCUUGGCCUUUCUUCUCCGCUCUGGAUGACCUUCUCCGGGAAAGCUUUCCGACGUCUAGUACUCCUGAUUCAACUGAUAACAACCCCAACCUGAGGCUAUCACUUCCGAUGGCGAUUAUUCCGGUUCCGGUCGCUCCACGAUCGGCGAUCCCAAGACGUCCGGCGAAUUCUCCGGCGAUUAUACCUCACGUCGGCGACGAUUUACUCGGAUUUCGCGGAAAUCUUAACGCAUUCGCGGCAGCAGCGGCGGCGGCGGCGUGUCCGGCGUCUGAGGAUGAUUCUGAAGGUUCAAGGUCUAGAUCGAGCGGUGGUCGUAGCGGAAGCAACAAGAAGCGGGAGAGGGAAAUUGAGAAGAAGCAAGGUUACAAGGAAGUUGCCGACGCAAUUGAGAGGCUUGGACAGAUAUACGAGAGAGUCGAGGAGAGGAAGAGGAAGGAAAUGGUGGAACUGGAGAAGCAGAGGAUGAGAUUCGCUAAGGAAUUGGAAUGCCAUAGGAUGCAGCUCUUCACUGAGAUGCAGGUUCGUCUUCACAAGCUCCGGCGUACCUCUGGCUCCAAAGAACCGAAUUCUUCUGCCUCCGCCGGUGAGACCUGAAACCUUUCUCUCUCUCUCUCUCUCACCGUAUAUUGCAAUUAUGUGUCCUGCUUCAUUUUGAUUUUACUUUGCUUGUGAUUCUCUGUGCCACUGAAGUAUGAAACAAAUUGAUUUCGAACAUAGAUGAUGAAUCUGAAUCGGGGAAAAAGUCAUUUAGUAUAGCAAGUAUUUUGGUAUCUAUGAUGAGUAGGAGGUCCUGGUUACAUCACUCUUUAAUUUGUAGCAUUGUUAUUGUACCUUGAGACUGGAAACAUUCUCACAAUGACUGACAUGAGCAAUAUAGUUGGGAAGCUGUUCCAUGAGCUAAAAAAAUUGAAUCUGCUUCUGUUUUUUUUGCUGCUAGAUUAAGCAUGAGUGCUUUUAUAUACUGGUACGAUGAUGAUUUCCUCUAUUGCUUUUCUAUUUUAAGUGUGACGGCCAAGAACUGUUUCCCUUCAUAUACAUUGUUGAGAUUUUGGUGAUUGAGAAGAUUGUGAGUUUACAUACUAAUUGCUUCGAAAGUUAGGAAAUAAUGGUAUCGAUGUUUGAAAAGACAAUUCAUGAUAUGUUGGAGAAUCAGGUUUGAUUUAGAGGGACAAUGCUUGAGAUGAUGCUGAAGAAUGAAUCUCUGAGAACAAACUAUAUAGUAUAUGACACAUGAUAAUAGAUAGGUCAAAGAGACUUGCAGCCAUUGAGAUGUAGUC